UAUACUUCCGUCAUUUUAUGUCUCACUUGGUAAACAGUGUGUGGGGUUUUGUGCGUGUGUCGCUGAGUGGUGUUUUUUUUGAAGAUACGACGUGGGAUUUCGCCGCAUAAAUAAACCUGCGCUUUGCUGGAAGUGGUAAACUUUUAACACAGCCCGGAGCUCAGCAUGAAAUAAGCAGACGUCAGAGAAUCGGCCAGUGGUUAAAUUUUAUCUCCGUGUAAUCACGGCAUUGUUUUGCGGGAUUGCACAGCUGCUAAAAUGUGCUAUGUAGCCAAGUAAAUGGUAUGCUGGUGGUAGCUGUUAGACGUUUAUCGGCUUUUUGGUUUUAAACACCGUGCCUUGGCGGAAACAAGAGGAUUUCAUUUUAUUUAAGGUCCAGUGACGAUGAACGAGCAGGAGAGUGGGGUGGUCUCCUUUGACGAAUAUGUGCGGCAAAAGGCCCGCACUGUGCCUCAGCACAGGAUGAAGGAGUUCCUGGAGUCUCUUGCCAAGGGCCCAGAGGUGCUGCAGGAGUUCAGCCAGCAGGAAGGGGCAGCCACCAGCACAGCCAUGGUGUACCAUCAGCAGGGUGCCAACUGUGUUUACACAGACAGCACGGAGGUGGCAGGAUCUCUCCUGGAGCUGGCCUGUCCAGUACAGGUGACCUCAACGGAGAUGUCACCCCAGCUGCAUCAAGGAUCUGAACAGCAGCUUCAAGUGCAGGUUCAGAUCCAAGAACAGCAGGGCCAAACAGUUGGCCAGGUUCUUCAGGUGGCCUCCCCCUCUCAGCAGGACAUACAGGGAAUCUCAACAGCCCAGCUUGUGCAGCCGGGAGAGCUCACAGAGGAGCAGCAACAGCAGAUUCAGGCUCAGUUGGUUGCCGCCGUAGCUGGAGGACAACAAAUCCAACUGUCAAGUGGCCAACAAAUCCAGUUGCAGGGAAUGCAACAUAUUCAGCUGCCUGGGGGACAGCAAAUUCAACUUCAGGCCGGCCAGCAGAUUCAGUUACAGGGUGGGCAACAAAUCCAGAUCCAGACCAUUGAGGCCAUGACUCCUGCUCAGCAGCAGGACUCUAUCAGGGAGGCAGAGCGGAGGCCCAGCACUAUCCCCACUGUUCUCCAACCAGCCAAGAAGCGUAAGAUGGAUGUCCCACUAGCUGUUUCGUAUGCUGUUCCACAGGGGCAGCAGGUGGCUACAGUUUUAGCCAUCCCUCAAGGGCAGCAGCAAAGUUAUGUGUCCCUACGACCAGAUUUGCUCACAGUUGACAGUGCUCAGCUGUACAGCACUACAGGAACAAUCACAGGUCCCCAAGGUGAGACCUGGACCAUCCCUGUGUACUCCACUCCACAGCAGCAGGGUGUAACUCACAUUGCUAUACCACAGGAGACGUAUAGCACAGUGCAAGUAACUACCGCCAACGGCAAGGACAAAAUGUCCCCAAAUUCCACAUCGAGGUCUGCCGAUGUGCAUUCGGCCACCACUGCAACGCAGGAAGAGAUCGUGCAGACCCUGUUCCCAGCACAGUUCAUGAACGGGAACAUUCAUAUCCCCGUGGCAGUGCAGACCGUAGGAGGGACAUACAACACUACACAGUCAGUGCAAAUAUGGGACCCAAAUCAACAGCAGAGUCAAGAGGAAGAUGGACAAGACCAGCAGCUCCAUCUGCAGGGUCAAGUAGCCACUGAAGCUCAGGGCGAAGUACCCACAGAGAUUCUGGUUCCUGUGUGUCUAAAGCCAGAGGAAGGGCUGGAGGUUUGGCGCCUUUGGGUGAAGAGAAAAAAUGCUGAACUAAGCAAACGGGAAACAACAAAGCUUGCGCCCAUAGGACGUCGUCAGCCCCUGCGUUUUCAGGAAGAUCUGGUAUCCAGUGCAGUGGCGGAGUUAAACUUGGGUCUUUCCCUGAUGACUCAGGAGGCACGAGGAUCCGAGGAAGAACAGUUUGCUCCUGAUGUCCUGUAUUAUGUUUUCUUGUGUAUACAGAAGUAUCUGUCUGAAAAUGGACGUGUGGAUGAUAUUUUCAAUGAUCCAUAUUACACUCGAUUUUGCGAAAGUUUACACAAAAUCCUGCACGACUGGAAACCCACUAUACAUCCUUUAGGUUAUAUCAUCCCAAGUCACGUGACAGAGGAGAUGCUGUGGGAGUGUAAACAGCUUGGCGCACAUUCACCUUCCACAUUGCUCACAACUCUAAUGUAUUUCAACACUAAGUAUUUCCGCCUGAUAACACCUGAACAGCACAUGAAAGUAGCUUUCUCUAAAGUCUUAAGACACUCAAGGAAGAACCCAACUAACGCCAAGGACAAAGCAACCAGUAUUCGCCUUCUCAAAGGGCAAGGCCUACACAGUGCUGGACAAAAAGGAACCGACGACAUGUAUGAAGAGCAGAUCGAGGAUCCUGCGAAUCCUCUUCGUUGUCCCAUCAAACUUUACGACUUUUACCUCUUCAAAUGCCCACAGAGCGUUAAAGGACGUAACGAUGCGUACUACAUGACUCCAGAGCCUGUCGUUGCACCAAACAGCCCGAUGUGGUACUCCUCUCAGCCCCUCACAAUUCAGCAGGUGGAACAAAUGCUGUCUCGCAUCAUCGUGGUCAGAGAGAUCCAAGAGAUCAUCGGUGUUGUUCCAGAAAACGUGAGCUAGAUUGAGGACUUGGCUCACAGGAACUUGUUCUCCAGAUUGUUGACUAUGCAGUAUCCAUCCCGACUAUUAUCAUCGAUGGCCAUUAAAAUAAAGUGGAACAACUUCUGAGGAGAGUAUCAUGAUUAUGCUCAUCAGAUUCAUAAAUUCUUCUCUUCUUAUUAUCUCUGUUUUUGGCCGGUGGGUUGGACUUCUCGUUUUCUUGGCUGCCUUUGUAAGAAACCACCUUUGUAACCUUUGAACCGGCAAGUGAGCAAGAUUUUAGUCUCUUCUCAGCUGGGCAGAGAUGAUACACGUUCCUGUACAAAGUCAGUCUUAUAAAUGAUUAAAAAACUGUAAUCUUUUCUUUCUUAACCUCA